UCUCUAUUAUCUGUAAGGCAGCAUCACUGAUAUUUUUACACGUUUAUGGAGCUCUUCAUCAUCUGGGUUUAUUCUAGUUUUACUGUUAUAAUUUUUUUUCUAGACAGAGAAAGAGAGAGAUACCUUAAAUUCCAAUCCAUUCCAAUGCAAAAGCAGCACCAGAUUUGCUUAAAACCCACUUUAUUGCUUCACCUUCCUCUGUUCUCUUCUCUCUCUCUCUUGCAGUCUUGGACCCAUAACUUGAAACCUAAGCAUGAUUUUCCAUCGAUCAACCCUUUAAAUCAUUGGAAAUCUUUCUCAAUUUUGCCACUCUAGUACUGUCAAAUGAAGAACAGAUCCUCCUUUCUCUCUGGCUCCUAAGUACUACCUUAUUAUGCCCUGAAAUAAUCCUCCUGGGCAUCAAGCAUAAGGGUUCUGUGAAUCUUCGAGCUCUCACUUCAGAAAACUGGGUUCUUUUGAUCCACCAUCGAACCAAAUGGGGCGCCAUUCUUGUUGUAUCAAGCAGAAACUCCGCAAAGGUUUAUGGUCUCCUGAAGAAGAUGAGAAACUGUUUAACCACAUCACUAGAUUUGGUGUUGGUUGUUGGAGUUCAGUUCCUAAGCAAGCAGGCCUUCAAAGGUGCGGCAAGAGUUGUAGAUUGAGAUGGAUUAACUACCUAAGACCAGAUCUCAAGAGAGGAAUGUUCUCCCAGCAAGAAGAGGAUCUGAUUAUCAAUCUCCAUGAGAUUCUGGGCAACAGGUGGGCUCAAAUUGCAGCACAAUUACCUGGAAGAACAGAUAAUGAGAUUAAAAACUUCUGGAAUUCUUGUUUGAAGAAGAAGCUGAGACAACGAGGGAUUGACCCAGACACCCACAAGCUCUUGUGUGAAAUUGAAGUUCAAGAUGAGAAGAAAUGCAGAGAACAAGAUGCUUACUUGGAACAAUCUCAGCCCAAGAAACAGAGAACCCUAUCAAGUUCGGAACUUGGGACUGUAGUUGCCAUUAACGAUUCAUCAAGCUUCUAUGAUCCCUUUCCUUUGUUUGAAUUCCAAGACAGCUCAAUCAAUCCAACGGAGCCUAACCAAAACCUUCAUCAGACCCAAUUGGAGAUAAACCCAAAUUUUGGGUUUACUUCAAUGCCCCAUCUAACUUCUUGUGAUAAUUUGACAGAGACAGAUAUUUCAGAGAAUUCAAUCUCUACAUCGAGAAUGAGUGGUUUCUUCUUCAAUGAAGCAAGAGAGAUCAGUUCUAGCAAUAGCUGCAAUACUAAUAACAGCAACAAUAUGGGUGGAGUGUUCUCAUGGGACUCCUCCAUUUUUAAUCAGUUUCAGCUUAACGAAAUAAAAUCUGAAGAAGUGAAGUUACAUCCAUGGGAGGAAAAAGAAAGACAACAUUCAGAAAGCCCAGAAGAUUUUGGUAGCUUUCCAUUAACGUCACUGUCUGAGGAUCUAAUAGAGGCAAAUUUCGAUCUCUUUGAGCAGAUAAAAGAUUGUAAAUUCAAUACUGAUUUCCACCGAACAUAAAAAAGGAAAAUUUCUUUUGGGUUCUUUUUUUUUUUU